AUGGUCAAAAUAUUGAUCCAAAAUGUCCGCAUGUUCGAUAGCGACGCCAUUCUUAAACCUGGCAAUGUUGUCUUUACGCGAUCCGCCGGAAAUAUUCAAAACUACAUGGCUGACGACUCCGACGCCGAGACUUCCGACUUUGUCAUUGACGGCCGAGGCUGCUCACUCAUACCCGGUCUCAUCGACGUCUAUGCCAAUAUCAAAGGCGCCAACGCAGCCCUUGGCACGUAUGCGAGCCAGGGUGUCACAACCGUCCUCGACAUGAGCAGCACCACCCAGCAAUGUCAGGCCAUGCGCGUCUACGCCGCCGGCAGAACGGGACUCUCGACCUUCCUCACCAGCGGUACAGAAGCAUCUCCUGCCCGAGGCUACCAGCCGCGGCUUCUCGACAUCCCAGACGGCUACGUUAUCCGGACGCGCGAGGAUGCCAUGGCCUUUGUCUCGUCAAGGUCCAGUGGCCCGGACCGCUCGGACUUCAUCAGGGUCCCGGUCGACCCUGACUCGUUCGACGACGACAUCCUCAAGACCCUCGCCGACGCUGCCCACGCUCACGGGAAGCUGAUCAUCGCCCGCACCGCUGGCAAGGCGUCCUAUGAGCGCGCCCUGCUCGCCGGCUUCGACGUCUUUGUCCACGCGCCCCUGGACGCGCCCAUUGACACCGCGCUGGCGCUCAAAAUGGCGGCCAAGAACGUAAUAUUCGUGCCGACGCUCACCAUGAUGCGACGGCGCGCCUCGGCCAUUGGCUCCAACGCAAACAAUACUACUGCCAUCUCCUCCCCAGGCCCCGACAAGACCACGGCAAAUCAGGGCCCUGUCGAGCACUCCCGCACCGACUUCGUUCCCGGUGGCAGCUAUGAUAACGCGACGCAGAGCGUGCGCACACUCUACGACGCCGGCGUCACUAUCUGCGCCGGCACGACGGCGAACCCGGUCCCGGGGUCCCGGAUCCCUUUUGGCGAGAGCCUGCACGAGGAGCUGCGCCUGCUGGUCGAGGCUGGCAUGCCCGUGCUCCAUGUACUCCGCUCGGCGACCUGCGUGGCGGCCACGGCCUUCCGGCUCAGCGACCGCGGCAUAGUUUGGGGUGGCCUCCGGGCCGACCUGGUGCUCGUCGAGGGAAACCCGCUCGAGGACAUUACCGCCACGAGGAAAAUCAGGAAGAUAUGGAUCCGCGGGGAGGAAACCGAGCCGUCCGCCGCGGCGGCUGAGAUAUGA